AUGCAAAGUGCUCACACCAUUGAAGGCAAGUGCAUUGUGCACACUUUCAAGAACUACACCAAGCUCGAGAACGUGGGGGCUGAGGAUUACUUUUGUAGAUUUGAGUACAAGGCGGCUACUGGAGGGUUCACUCCAGACCGCGUUGCUGUGUAUUGCAAGUGUGAGAUGCCUUAUAAUCCAGAUGAUCUCAUGGUGCAGUGUGAAGGGUGCAAGGACUGGUUUCAUCCUUCUUGCAUGGGUAUGACCAUUGAAGAAGCGAAGAAGUUGGAGCAUUUCUUGUGUUCUGACUGUUCAUCCGAAGAUGAUUCCAAAAGGUCUUUGAACUCAUUCCCUGUAUCACCAGCUGUUGACGGCAAGGUGGAGCCGAAGCGCAGAAAGAGAUGA